AUGUCUUCGGGCAACGAUUUAACUCCCGAUCACAGCAUUGGAAUUGUUAACAAAUUGGCCGUCACUUCAAUACUUCAACGUUUCAAUGAAGUGGUUAUUAAAUAUGUUGAAGACGAGCGGUUGUGUCCGUGUCCUCUACCGCGGCAUCGAAUGGCGGAAAUAUCGUUUGUAUUGAAAGCGUUGGCGACUCUCAUAGUGUCUCUAAAGAAGGCACCGGUGGGUAGCGUUGAGCCGCACGUAUGGGAUCUAUUGAUUCGGUUGUACCCGCCUAUAGUGGACUGCACCACAUCUAACUCUAUUCAAGUGAAUCGAUCGCUUCGGGAAGUAUUGCAUCAGUACUCAGACCUGUUGUCUGCGCCCCAAACCACGUCUCAGAAGGCGCUCAAUAACGGCUGUUAGGGUUAGCAAUCACUUCACCCAAAACACUAUCGAUAACAAGGA